UGCUGCAGUUUUUCUGAUUGAUGAUCUGAGCUCUCCGACUCUACUAAUCAUCUUUACAGUAAAAUAUUUCUGACAGGGUUUUUACCUCCACAGUUCCAUCUGAUCCGUUGUGGUGUAUUUCAGGUGCUUAACUGUGUUCUGCUGGAAAGAUCAAGAUUCCCCUGAAUGGCAGUGUUAAAGUUAGAGUGUAGUGUGAACAGGACAGAAGAGAGCCCAGUCCACUGAGAUGCACCACUGCUACUCACCAUCAUUUCAGAGACAUAUUUUAACCUGAAAAAAAAAAUGUGGUCUGCCAGUGAGGUAGUCUGGAAUUCAGGAUAUCAGCUUAUCCGAGUGAGAGUAGGCACAGUGGAGCAUGUAGAUGAUUGUGUCUUCUGCUCCAACCAGCUCAUGAUAUGACUUGUCCUGUCUUCUCCUGCUUUCAUCUUUCCUGCACAUCAUAAAUUGUUCUGCAAGAACAUCAAGAGAUUCCACCAGGAUGAAGUCAGUCGAGAUUAAACACGAGACUCUGGAGCCCACUGAGAGCUCUACUAGACAGCAAAGCUCAUCUUUCCAAACGAACAUCUCUCACAGACGAAUGGCAAAAGAAGCUGUCCUCUGCUCACAGUGUGGAAAGAGUUUCACUCAUAUGAGUAGUCUCAAAGAACACCAGCGCAUGCACACCGGAGAGAAGCCGUAUACGUGCUCGCAUUGUGGGAAGAGUUUCAGUCAGAGGAGUACGCUCAUAAAACACCAUCGGAUUCACACAGGAGAGAAACCAUAUCAGUGCUUGCAGUGUGGUACGAGUUUCAGUCAGAAGAGUCAUCUAAAAAAACACCAGCGCAUUCACACAGGAGAGAAGAUCUAUCAAUGUUCUCAAUGUGAGAAGAGUUUUUAUGAAAGCGGUAAUCUGAAAAAACACCAGCAGAUUCACACUGGAGAGAAACCAUAUCACUGUUUACAGUGUGGGAAGAAUUUCACUCGCCUGAGUAAUCUCCAGCGACACCAGCGCAUCCACAAGGGAGAAAAACCCUAUCUAUGUUCACAGUGCGGGAAGAGUUUUAUCGAGAAGAGUAAGCUGAUUAAACACCAGCGCAUUCACACUGGAGAGAAACCGUAUCAGUGUUUAACCUGUAGGAAAAGUUUUACAGAAAGGCGCACUCUCCAACAGCACCUGCUCAUUCACACAGGAGAUAAACCGUAUCAGUGCUCGCAGUGUGGGAAGAGUUUUAGAGAAAAGACUGCUCUCCGAGUCCACCAGCACAUCCACACGGGGCAGAAGCCCUAUUACUGUCCUCAGUGUGGGAAGGGUUUUACUACACAUCGAAGUUUCCAGCAACAUGAACGCAUCCACACGGGAGAGAAGCCGUAUCAGUGCUUACUGUGUGGGAAGAGUUUUAAUAACCAGAGUAAUCUCCGAGAACACAAGCGCAUUCACACGGGAGAGAAGCCGUAUCAGUGCUCGCAGUCAUGUGGGAAGAGUUUUCGUAAAAAGAGUCAUCUCAAACAACACCAGCGCAUUCACUCGGGAGAAAAGCCGUAUCAGUGCUCUCAGUGCAAGAAGAGGUUUAUCGAAAGUGGCGUUCUCAUAAAACACCAGAGAAUUCACACAGGAGAAAAGCCAUAUCGCUGCUCAGAGUGUGGGAAAAGUUUCACACGUCGUAGUACACUCCAUAAACACCAGCUCAUUCACACAGGAGACAAACCGUAUCACUGCCUACAGUGUGGAAAGAGCUUUAAUCGAGAGGACAGUCUUCAGUUACACCGACGCAUUCACAGUGGAGAGAAGCCGUAUUACUGCCCGCAGUGUGGGAAGAGUUUUACUUGCCAGAGUCAUCUCCGGAAACACCAACGCAUUCAUACGGGAGAUAAACCGUAUCAGUGUUCUCACUGUGAGAAGAGCUUCAUCGAGAGCGGUAAUCUCAUUAAACACCAGAGAAUUCACACGGGAGAGAAACCGUAUCACUGCCUAGAGUGUGGAAAGAGCUUUAAUCGGGAGGAAAGUCUCCGUUUACACCACCGAGUUCACACUGGUGAAAAGCCGUAUUACUGCUCACAGUGUGGGAAGAGUUUUACACAAAGGAGUUCUCUCCAUAAACAUCAGCGUAUUCACACAGGAGAUAAACCGUUUCUUUGCCUAGAGUGUGGAAAAAGCUUUAGUCGAGAGGACAGUCUUCAGUUACACCAACGCAUUCACAGUGGAGAGAAGCCGUAUUACUGCUCGCAGUGUGGGAAGAGUUUUACUUGCCAGAGUCAUCUCCUAAAACACCAACGCAUUCAUACGGGAGAGAAGCCGUAUCAGUGUUCUCACUGUGAGAAGAGCUUCAUCGAGAGCGGUAAUCUCAUUAAACACCAGAGAAUUCACACGGGAGAGAAACCGUAUCAGUGCUCAGACUGCGGGAAGAGUUUUACACAGAGAGGAAAUCUCCAGCAACACCAACGCAUUCAUACUGGAGAGAAGCCGUACCACUGUUCACAGUGUGGGAAGAGUUUUAGUCAAAAGAGUACGCUCCAACAACACCGGCGGAUUCACACAGGAGAGAAUCCUUAUCGGUGCUCGCUGUGUAGGAAGACUUUUUCUAGCCAGAGUAGUCUCCAGCGACACCAACACAUUCACUCAGGAGAGAAGCCGCAUCAGUGUUCACAGUGUGGGAAGAGUUUUAUCGAGAGCGGUGAUCUCAUGAAACACCAGCGUGUUCACACCGGAGAGAGGCCGUAUGGCUGCUCACAAUGUGGGAAAUGUUUUACACAAAAGAGUAACCUCCAGAAACACCUGCGCACCCACACAGGUGAAAAACCCUAUCGUUGCUCGGUGUGUGAGAAGGGAUUCACUCAAGGAACUGAUCUCAGAGUCCACCAACGCAUUCACACAGGGGAGAAGCCGUAUCACUGCUCACAGUGUGGUAACCAUUUUAUUAGCCAGAGUUGUUUACUGCACCACCAGCGCAUUCACACAGGAGAGAAGCCGUAUCAGUGCUCGCAGUGCGAGAAGAGGUUCAGUGAGAGACGUAAUCUCAUGCAACACCUGCAGAUUCAUAAAGGAGAGAAACCUUAUCAGUGUUCACACUGCGGGAUGCGUUUUAAUAGACAGAAUAAUCUCCAGCAACACAUGCGGAUUCACACGGGUGAGAAGCCUUACCGGUGUUUAGAGUGUGGGAAGAGUUUUACCCGAGAGGACGCUCUGCAAGAACACCAACACAUUCACACUGGACAGAAGCCCUAUUACUGUACAGCAUGUGGGAAGAGUUUUACUAGACACAGUAGUCUCCAGCAACACCAGCGCAUUCACACUGGUGAGAAACCCUAUCACUGCCCACAGUGCGAAAAGACUUUUACUACACACACAAACUUUAAGCGACACAAGCACAAUAACAUGGCUCUAAAUGACACCAUCAUGCAGGUCUUACCAGAAAGUGUGGGAAUGGACUAGGUCUAUUGUAAAUGUUUAUUAUGGACUCAAUUUGCUCUUUA